UCGGUCAGUGUCUGUCAAACAGCGGCUCACUGGGGGCAGUCUUAUUGGCUUUUUAUGGCACUGAUUGAAUUGGAUUUUGAGGUUAUAAAGUUUACCUGUAUUAGUGUGUGUCAGUGUAAUGCUCCACAAUUCUUCAAUAUUGUAGACUAGGCUAAUAAUGAUAUAAUUGAAUCUGGAGCAGAACUAAUAUGGGCAAUUGUAAACUAUUCCUGAAAUCGUAUUUUUUUAUUGAACACUUAUAGUAUGUAGGUUGUAAAGCAGAUAAAUUCUGUUCUCUGUGAAAAUUUUCUCAUAAAUGUAAUGUUUUUAUUGUUAUUUUGACCCUUAGAAAAUCAUUUCCAGCACAUCUAAUGUGGAAAAUUGGUUGGGGAAAUUAAAACAGUGAUGGAAGGUGAAUUGAAUGCCUUUUUGUUGCUCAUUUAAUAAACAAACCAUUAUUUUAUGUUGCACACCAUCUUGAAUUAUAAUUUACAUACAGGGCUGGCCCUAGCCUUUUGGAGGCCCUAAGCGAGAUUUGGUUGCAGUCCCCACCCACCCACCUUACAGGCAAAACAUUUUAGUGGCCCCCCUCUUGAUGAUGAGGAGAAAAAUGUCUGUUUUAAAGUUGAUUUCCUUUUUACACAUUUUGCCUUGGGGAGUAGAGAAAAUGUUGUACAUUUAAAGCAAGCUUUCUGCAAUUCUACACAUUUUGCCAUUGGAUGGAGAGACAUUUAGAGUUUUUAUAGCUAAUUUCAAGAAAUUCCACAAAUGUUAUCAAGAAUAUUGCCAUCAAACUGGGCAAAACCUGGUUGAAUCAAUGCUGUUUCCAUGUCAUUUCAACGACAAAAAAGUCAAUACGAAAAACUGAUUGGAUUUGCAAAAAGUCAUCAAUGUAAAGGAAGAGUCCCCCCCCCCCACCUUUGAACCUAAAUUCAAUGACGUGAUUUUUGUUGUUGAAUUCACAUUAGUUGACAACUCAACCAAAUGUAAAUUAAGAAUAGACGUUGAACUGACGUCUGCGCCCUGUGGGAUGUUAAUGAUAUCUGAGUGAGAGUGGCAAACAAAUUAAAUUGGUGCCCCUGGAGGCAUAUCCUGCAUGCCCGGUCAGUAUUCGGCCAUGAUUACUACAAGUUUAGAUAUCUGGCUAGAGUAAUUUACCAAUCUCAGAAUUGUUGUCAGUAGCUAUGAAAUAUGUGCAUUUACCCACCAGUGGUGUGUUCCCACCAAACUGACUUGUUGCGAAACUCUACAGAUAGUUGGUAACAAACUGUGGCGUUAAAUUGCGAAUGUGUUCUUGACACAUGUGUUCUAGCCAACAGCGAGGCUACGUGAUGAGAUUAUUAUGGAUAAGGACAAGAAUAUAUUUUUUUGUCCAACGGCAGUCAAGCAUUGCUCAUCAUGUCACCAGAAUAAUAUCACUCUACAUUUAUUGGAAAGGAGCGUCAAGCUCAUCCCUGUGCCCUUUCAGGACCCUGGGAAGUUCAUCACACUUGAUUUAAUCUGUAGCUCAACAAACUGCAUGGUUUCCCGUGUCUUCGCCGGAGGACCACACACCAUAUCAUCACUUUUACACCCUUGGCGCUGUGCUUUUGAUGGCGUUCUUGCAGAGGACUGGAGACUACUGCCACGCUCAACAUCCCAGAGCAUAGGCUGAUCCAGGGGAGGAUGCCCACUGCUCUGCCUUGUCCGCCUAAUACCCUGCACUGAUCCCUGGGUACCAACGCAUCGAGGGCUCCCUGCCUCCCAGGACUCUGCACACCCUAGGUCUGUCACUCUAAGACCCUCUCUCAGGAACCCUAAUGGGAUGAUUGGACUAACUAUUCCACGACUCUUCAGUGAAAGCCCAAGACCUCAUCUAAACCAACCACAGUGACCCUCCCAAGGAUCGACCAACCCGAGGACAGACUUGUAUUUUCUAUUGUCUUAAAGGAGGGACAGGACUGAGAACGUCUGCAGGAGUUUAGCCCACCAGCGACCGUGGCCACCGUGGACAACCAGUUUGUGGUCCCCUUGCGUCCCUGUCCGUGUUGCGUUCGCCCCCCCAGCUGGGUAAGGGUUGUCAACAUGGCCCGUAUGAACCGUCCGGCGCCGGCCGAGGUGUGCUACAAGAACAUGCGGCUGCUCAUCACGCACAACCCCACCAACUCCACCCUCAACAGCUUCAUCGAGGACCUUAAGAAGUACGGAGCCACGACGGUAGUGAGAGUGUGUGAGGUCACCUAUGAUAAGGCUCCAUUGGAGAAGGAUGGCAUCACCGUGGUGGACUGGCAGUUUGACGACGGUGCGCCCCCUCCCUCUAAGGUGGUGGAGGACUGGCUGAGUCUGCUACGGUCUCGUUUCCUGGAAGACCCAGGCUGCUGCGUGGCCGUGCACUGUGUGGCUGGACUGGGCAGAGCCCCGGUGCUGGUGGCGUUGGCACUGAUCGAGAGUGGGAUGAAGUAUGAGGAUGCCAUCCAGUUCAUCAGACAGAAGCGCAGAGGGGCGAUCAACAGCAAGCAACUGACCUACCUGGAGAAGUACCGCCCCAAACAGAGACUGCGCUACAAAGACCCACACAUCUUCAAGAACAAGUGCUGCAUCAUGUGACCCCCAUUUCCACCCUCAGCCAAUCAACUGCCUGCCACCUGAUCGAUCUGACCCGAAUGGAUAACGACGAUGGACGAGUCCACAGCCAAUGCACUUUGUGACUGAACUAUGAGAACUAUGAAUCAUGGAGUGAGCUAAGCAGCUCCACCAGGGGAAGGGUGUGAUGAGUCUCCCUGGUGCCUAAAGAUGGCUCUUACUGAGGGGGCCGAUGGAUCAAGCCCUCCUUGAAUCUGACUUUUUAUCCAAGAGCCAGCCGGAGGUAGUUUGGAAUGGAUGGUGGAUGUGGCACAGGACGUUGACACUCGCCACAUUGAACACCGUCAUCACCAUGAGGUUGUGCCUCGCUGCAAAGUAUUUGACUUGCAGUUGACUUUGUCAUUGUACCUCCAACGCCCCCUUGCUACCAAAUGGUGGUAACGCCUCAAAUCAUUGUCUGAAAGAGAGACAGCUUUAGCUGUAUGAAUAUGAAACCAAUGUGAAUCAUGGGGGAGGGGGAAUGUUUGCCUGGUUGCCCUUUCUCUCUCUGCCUACAGUAGGGGGACUGAGCUGUUUUCUGUUCACUCCUUGUUCCAAGGUUAAUGCUAUCCGGAAUCCUUGGGCCAUCCUUAACCCCAACCAUAACCCUUACCUAACCCCAACCAUAACCCUUACCUAACCCCAACCAUAACCCUUACCUAACCCCAACCAUAACCCUUAGCAUUUUAAAUUUAAACUUGAAUAGAGAGAAAUAGUAAUGGUCUUUUUGUAGCCACUAACUCUGCCGUGGUUCGUUGGACAAAGCCUAUGGGGAAAUUAAUGCCAUUUUGUUGGGUUUUUGGAUUUGGAUUUUGAAGCAUUUAUGUAAUCAAAAAUGUGCAAAACGGCUUCAUCUAUAAAGGUCAUGUUAACUGACUGAUAUUAUCUCAUAGAACAAAACAUAAAAUCUCCUAAACCUGUGUUAACCUUGACCUUAUUUUAGGCUUUUAUCUCAAAACCUUAUUCUUUCCCCAUUUUAUUUUCCACAUAGGCUAUGGCUGAACGAACCUAAGGUAGCUCAUUUUCGUUUUUUAGGACUACAACCUGGCGAGCUCUAUGGGGUGACGUCGGAGUUGGACGUCCCAAGGAUACCGGAUAGCAAAGACCCUUGUUCCAAUGCCCUGAUAAUGUGUUUACUGUAAUAUAUUUUUGUCAUGAUGCUUCUUUCUAGCUUUAAUAUUCAGUGGUGUUGCAGAUGAGAACAGGUGGGAAGGUUAUAGGAAUAAGGUGGGGUGCACUUGGAUAAUAACCAACAGGUUUAUUUAUACUGUACCUACACUAUGUAAUUGAUGUUAGGACAGGUAGGACUAUUCACUUACACUGGCUCGUGUGGCAAAUGGGUGUAUGGGACAAAGUAGGGUGACGUUGCCCCUAGAUGCUGAUCUUGGGUCAGUUUAGCAUUUUCCCCACUAAUGGUUAAGGUUAGGAUUGGUUGAGGGUAAGCUGAUCCCAGAUCUGUACCUAAGGGACACACCACCCCAGAGUGUAUGGGACACUGUGAGUGGAGCACACCUGGGUGGCUCUAUGUUCAUAUCUUGUACUGAAACGUGGCCCUCUCUUUCUCUGCACCAUGCUUUUUGUUACAUGGAGGCUGUAUGCUGAAUCUACCCACAUGGAGUAAAAUGUUGUUGAAGUUUAGGGUCACAGUGGCCUUUCGAGGGCCCUUUGAUUUAACCCACCCGCCCCCAUCUGCAUAGCUGGUUAGGCCUACACAAAAUGAAUGCACAUCAUGAAUUGUUGUUUUCUAGUUACUAGCCCAGUUUCACUGAUAUCAGGUCAACUCUUGUACAGGUGUAGUUAGUUUACACCUCACCAGACAGACACACAGCCUCGUCUCUGUUCUCCGCAUUGAAAGUCGCCUUCUUCUGUCAGCCUUUGAAGAAACCACCUUCAGUUGUAUAGAAAUAAUAAAAUAUUUCAGUCAUCCACUGUC